CGAGAAAUCCUGACUUCCGGCUGUCACUUCAACACAACACAGACACCCCGGAGGAGCAUGAAUGAGAAGCUAAGCUUAUUUAGCUUAAACCAACUGCCAUGCUUUUAGUUAUACGGACGUUAGGUUUGCCAGAUUGAUACAAAUUAAGACGUAAGAGUAUCUGAAUAACAAAAAAAAAACAACAACAACAACCAAACGCAAAUGUGUUACGGUCUUAUUUUUGCACGGUGUUCCCGAAUGAGCUAAACUAGCGGCUAAAGAGGCCUUUGAAGCCGCGGUGUUUGGGUUAGCCACAACCCGGGGGUUAAGGUGAUAGCACUGGGCAGACGCCUCGGAUCCUUUUAUAGCCUGUGAGACACGCUUGUCCGUAACACCCACGACUGGGAGCUGACAAAUGUCACACGCGGGACCCCCUCCCCGAUGGCGGAAUUGUCCCAGAAGAGGACAACCGGUGGCAGGUAAAUUCCUGCCAAUGAAAACCAUGCUAGGCCCCAGAUAUGAUGACCAAGUUGCGGAGGAGAAUCGCUUUUACCCCAGUAUGCUGUCGAACUACUUGAAGAGUUUAAAUGUGAAAAUGGGUUUGCUUGUGGAUUUGACGAACACAACUCGCUUCUACGACCGCAACGACAUUGAAAAGGAAGGAAUCAAAUAUGUGAAGCUACAGUGUAAGGGUCAUGGGGAAUGCCCUUCCAAGGAGACGACCGCUAUGUUCAUACAGCUCUGUGAACACUUUAUGGAGAAGAAUUCUUCAGAUCUAAUAGGAGUCCACUGCACGCAUGGGUUCAAUCGGACAGGCUUUUUGAUAUGUGCCUACCUGGUGGAGAAGAUGGACUGGAGUGUGGAAGCAGCCGUUGCAGCUUUUGCCCAGGCCCGGGCUCCUGGGAUCUACAAGGGUGACUACCUCAAAGAGCUUUUCCGUCGCUAUGGGGACGAGGAGGAUGCGCCCGCCGCCCCCACUCUGCCCGAGUGGUGCUUUGAUGACGACGACGGGGAGGUAGAUGAUGACGGAAACACAGUCGGCCAGGAUUCUGGCCCCAGCUCGUCCGGGUCAACUCCUGGAAAACGAAAAAGAGAGAGGCUCAAACAGGGGGCAGUUUUCCUCGAAGGUGUCACGGUAAAAGGCGUCACACAGGUCACCACGCAGCCCAAACUAGGCGAGAUCCAAAGAAUGUGUCAGGAGAUGGCCGAGUGGAACAAAUCUGGUUUUCCUGGGGCUCAGCCGGUAUCAAUGGAUCGACAGAACCUUUGUUUCCUCGAGCAGCAUCCCUACAAAGUCAGCUGGAAAGCUGAUGGAACACGGUAUAUGAUGGUGAUCAGCGGGAAAGAUGAAGUAUUCAUGAUUGACAGAGAUAAUACAGUCUUUCACAUACCCAAUUUAGAGUUUCCUUUCCGGAAGGAUCCACGCGUCCAUCUAUCAAAUACGCUCUUAGAUGGGGAGAUGAUCAUUGACAAGGUGAAUGGCAAACCCGUCCCCCGCUAUCUGAUAUACGACAUCAUCAAAUUCAAUGGACAACCCGUAGGCCAAUGUGAUUUCAAUAUCCGGUUGUUAUGCAUUGAAAAAGAGAUAAUUUCUCCACGGAUGGAAAAAAUGAAGACGGGACAGAUCGACAAAACGAAGGAACCCUUCAGUGUCCGAAAUAAGCCGUUCUUCGACAUUCAGGCUUCACGCAAGCUCCUGGAAGGCCGUUUUACGUCCCAGGUCAGCCACGAAGUUGAUGGCCUCAUCUUCCAGCCAUGUGGGAGAUACAAACCUGGGAGGUGUGACGACAUCCUGAAAUGGAAGCCCCCCAAUCUCAACUCAGUGGACUUUCGCCUCAAGAUCACGAAAGUCGGAGGAGAAGGGCUGCUGCCUCAGACUGUCGGCUUACUGUACGUCGGCAACUACGACAUGCCCUUCGCAAAGAUGAAGGCUACGAAAGAGCUCAAGGUUUAUGACAACAAGAUCAUCGAGUGCACCUUUGCCAACAACAGCUGGGUGUUCAUGAGGCAGAGGAUAGACAAGAGCUUCCCAAACUCCUACGACACAGCGAUGGCGGUGUGUAAAAGCAUCCAGGAACCCGUCACGAAGAAAAUAUUGUUGGAGUACGUGGACCGUUGUCCUCAGGCGGCCCCAGCCCAGACCCGCAAACGCCAAAGAGACCCGGACUCUGAGCUCAUGCCCCCUCCGAAGAGACCAAACCGGUCUUUCCAAUAGACUCAAGCGAACCGCAUCGGGCCAGUCUAGACUUUUCUACAGCUGCUGUCCUCCAUCCUCAUCACCAGCCACCUCCGGCUGAGGGAAAGUCAUCCACAUGCACCUGCAAAUCUGUCCACAUCAUUACGUUUGAUUUACCUUGUCAAAUUCUUUGUAGCUCUAUUUUCUGGUGUUCUUAUUAAAAUAAACAAACAACAACCUUCACGCUGAUUUCAAGUCUGCGCUAUUAAGAUUCAGCGGCUUGCCAAUUUGUGUCAGAGGAAUAAACAUCAGCAAAGAAAGCUUCAUAUCCUGUUCAAUUGUUGUUAAUUUAACACAUUUAAAAAAAAAAAAAAAAACGGCUACAAGAUGAUGCUUUUGUUUUUGCAACUGUCGUGUUAUGUUGCCUUUUUGGGGAUGAAAAGAAUGUGAAACAGUUCCAGCUUGGAUGUGAGCACUCUAAGUUGUCCAAACGAAGUCCAUCUGUAGAUUUAAAGGCUACACAGAUGGGCGGGGAUGUAACACAGCGAUGACACACACGCCGCAAACUGACAAGACUCGUGGAAAAAGAAAAAAUGGCUCCAAAAGAAAGAGAGUGCGCAUUUUUGGGGGCCAUUUUAAAUCCUACCAUCAAUUGGAGUUUUCCUUAUUUUACAGUCCAACUGUGACGAGGUGGAGUGAUACAUUCGUCCAUUGUUGAUUUCAAUGCUACAAUUUUACUAUUUGUAUUUGUUCACUGCAAUGUAGAAUCAUUUUUUUUUUGUUCCCUUUGUUAUAUAACAUAUUUUUGGUCCCAUGUUUGGUCUGUACCUUGUACCUUUUUUUAAGUCAAAUUCUAGAGCUGGUAAUGCGUAGCACAUGACAUUGGUAUGAUAAUGUAUUUUUUUUUUCUGUGUUGAGUCAUGGCGGUUUUUUCAAAGAAAAUACUUGAAAGUCAACCGACUGAAGCAAUUUCGUGAUGCGUCGUUAUUUGUCCUUGACUUAGGUGUGUAGGAAAUCGUCUUCAGUUUUCUUAAGACACUUUUCAUGAUGGUGAAGAACAGGAAGUAAAUCACGAUUGUUGCACUGGAAAGGACUCUUGUCUCUGUUUGCAUUUUUUUUUUUAAACCAUUGGCGCACCGCAGUCUAGACUUCUAAACUGACUUAAAAGAUGAAAAUGUCACUAAGAACACUCAGGCUGCCAGAAGUGUCAUAUUUCGAAUAAAUCUG